AUGGUGGAGAUGAUGAAACCAAAAAAUCUAAAGGAAGCCAUGUACACAGCCAAAUUACAAGAGAAGGCUGUAGAGAUAAAUGGAAGAAACAGAAAUGGCUUCAAACCUCAGUCAAUUAGCCAAUCAAAUUUUAGAGAAAAAGAAAGCAAUGAGUUCAACACCAGAAGCUCAACACCUCAAGUGGAAGGUAAACUUCCUCCCUUAAAGAGAUUGUCUAGUGAAGAGGUGGAGGAUAGAAGAAUGAAGGGAUUAUGUUUCAACUGUGAUGAAAAGUUCACUAAUGGUCAUAAGUGUAGAAGAGUAUUCAUGAUCGUGGCAGUGGAUAGUAAAAUUGAAGUGGAACCAGAAGGGGAGGAAGACUCACCAGUGGAGGAAAGUGAUAAUGAGCUGUACAAGAUCUCAGUGUAUGCCCUAGCAGGUCAAGAAACUUCCAGCACCAUCAAACUGCAAGGAAGAGUUAAUAAUCACCCUAUCACCAUCUUAGUUGACACUGAAAGCACUCACACCUUCUUGGACACCAAUACAACUAAGGAAUUGAACUGUGUGGUGGAAAAAUCAAAUUCCAUGAAUAUAUUAUUUGCUGAUUGGAGGAAGAUUAGCAGUGAAGGAAGGUGUAAACACUUUCAGUGGAGGGUGGGACCACAUUUAUUUCAAGCUAAUGUCAGAUUACUUGAACUAGGAGGGUGUGGUCUGGUAAUUGGGGUAGACCUUCUCAAGUAUCUUGAACCAAUCACUUUCCACUACACUCAGCAGAAGAUUGAAUUGCACUUAGAAGGACAACUUAUUACCUUGUAUGGGAGGCAGCCCACAGUUUCUCUCCAAGUCAUUACUGAGCAGAAAGCCCACUCCUUAUUGAGAAGGGGAAAGGUAAUGAUUAGUUGUCUAUUCAUGGUGACAUGUUCUGACUCUCAAAAUGCCACUACCCAAGUACAGGAAGAGCUACAACCUCUACUGCAUGAGUAUGAGGAUAUCUUCCAAGAACCAACUGCCUUACCACCUGAGAGAGGACAUGAGCAUCCUAAUAUUUUAAAACCUGGUGUGGAAGCUUUCAAAAUACCCUCUUAUAGGUAUCCUUACAUCCAAAUGAAGGAAAUUGAGAAGAUGGUAGAGGAGAUGCUGAAGAGCAAGACCAUUCAGCAAAGUAACAGCCCCUUCUCCUCUCUAGUCCUUUUGGUGAAAAAGAAAGAUGGGACAUGGAGAUUUUGUGUAGAUUACAGAAAACUCAAUGCUAUCACAGUUAAGGAUAGCUACCCCAUCCCUCUUAUAGAUGAUCUUUUGGAUGAGUUGCAGGGAGCAAAUUUUUUUUCAAAGAUAGACCUCAGAGCUGGUUAUCAUCAGAUUAGAGUCGAGGAGGACAUACCAAAGGCUGCAUUUGUCACUACCUCAGGUCAUUAUGAGUUCAAGGUGAUGCCUUUUGGUCUCACCAAUGCUCCAGCUACUUUUUUGUCACUCAUGAUUGACAUUUUUAGAGCUCAUUUGUGA